CGACUACUCUUGUCUGCUUGUCAACAGGUCCUCGUAUACUCUAUGCUGUCUUCUUGCCGUCAUUGAGGACCACACACCAUCGCUCUGGUCUCUUAGGACCUCCAUCCUUCCCUUCCUCGCCAACCUCUGGCAAUUGUCUUGGACGCCAUUACCGCUUUCACUCCACCUACCUAGUCUAUAAUCGACUUCUGUCUAGACUUCCAAUAUGUCCUACAAUGACGAACUUGGCCCUCGUGGCAACGCACCACCACAUAUCCGACUGAACUCUGGUUCAAACGACGCCUUUGCCGACAGUGACGGCAUAAGACCCUCAAUGGCUCGAGCUCCAUCAUCGCGGUCUUUGAUACCACAAUCGCCUGGGAUACGGCCGGGGACCGCUGGUUCUCUGUACCAUCACGGUGCUGCCACGGAAUCUUCAGAAAUAUCAUCAUCAGAACUGCUCCUACCUCCUAAGAAAUUCGGAAAGUCAAGACGGUAUCGGGAUGAAGAGUCGCCUGUUUCUCCACAUUCGGGAAUGUCGUCGAGACGUUCAAGCUGGGACUCACAAUCAGACUCUGUUCGGAGUCGGAACAGUCUGUAUGGUGGGCCAUUCGCGAGUCCCUUCGACGAUUCCCGCACACCGUCGAGAGCUGGAAGCGAGGAUGAUUUGAACACUCAGACGGUCUCCGAAAAAUACAACAUUCUACCUUCAGCUGGUCUGUUACUCUUUCCAGAGGACGUUGAAAAGGAUGACUACCUCCACAAUCCUGAUCCGAACGACAAGGACCGAGACACUUGCGGUGACAUAUUAUCAAGGCGUGGCUUGAUAAACUUAGGAGGCCUUGGCUUUAUCAUUAUCGGAAUCUUCUUCUUAUUCAUUGGCUAUCCAGUGCUGACUUACGUUCACGACGUAAUACAACCCGAAGACGACGGAUGCACGAACAAUCCAUUGUGUAUAGACGUGGGCCACUCUAUCGACCACAUGCAAAACAUUCGAUUCAAACUCAUAGACGAGGAUACACCCGACCAUGCCAAGACCAGAAAAGACCGCAAUGGCAAAAAGCAAGUUCUCGUGUUUUCGGAUGAAUUCAAUGUUGAUGGUCGCACGUUCUACGAAGGUGAUGACUCGUAUUUCCAGGCUAUGGAUAUCUGGUACGGUGUAACUCAGGAUCUUGAGUGGUACGACCCUGAUGCGGCUACAACUAGAGACGGCACACUCGAGCUUCGCUUCGAUGCAUUUCAGAAUCAUGGUCUCAACUAUCGCUCUGGCAUGCUACAAUCGUGGAAUCAAAUGUGUUUUACCGGCGGUUACAUCGAAGCCAGUAUCUCACUUCCUGGGCGCGGAGAUACAAUGGGUUUCUGGCCUGGUUUCUGGACAAUGGGAAAUCUUGGUAGACCUGGUUACGCUGCAAGCACAGACGGCAUGUGGCCUUACUCGUAUGAUGAUAUCUGCGAUGCUGGCAUCACCGCAAAUCAAAGCCAAACGGACGGUACCAGCUACUUGCCUGGCAUGAGAUUGCCGGCAUGUACCUGCGACGGAGAAGAUCACCCAAACCCAGGUGUGUCCCGAAGCGCGCCAGAGAUCGAUGCCCUCGAAGCAAGUGUUGGCUAUCUCGACCCUCCGUCCAAUGCGGCCAUUGGUGAAGUAUCUCAGUCCUGUCAGAUUGCGCCUUUUGAUCUAUUCUGGCAACCAGACCUAGAAUAUGUCGAAGUCUAUGACCACAGCAUUACCAAGAUCAAUUCUUACCAAGGUGGUGUGUUCCAGCAGGCCAUAUCCGGAUUGACCCAUCUGAACAACAACUGGUAUGAUGGCAAACAGUAUCAGACUUACGCAUUCGAGUACGAACCUGGUCGAGAUGGUUAUGUUACUUGGUUCGUCGGCAAGGACGAGACCUGGACGCUGUACGCGGAUGCCCUGAGGCCGAACGGCAACAUUGGGCAGCGUGUCAUUCCUCAGGAGCCAAUGGCCAUGAUCAUGAACUUUGGCAUGUCAAACGGUUUUGCUGCGCUCAACAUGACCGGGUUAGGAUCAUUGAUGCCAGCUACUAUGCGCUUUGACUACGUACGAAUUUACCAAGACGAAGACGCCGUAUCAGUCACGUGCGAUCCUCCCGGAUUUCCCACUACAGCGUACAUCAACAAGCACAAAGAAGCCUACUAUAACCCCAAUAUUACCCUCUGGAAGCAGACGGAUUUCGAUUGGCCAAAAAACGAGUUCGUCGACGGAUGCAAGGCCGCCAAAACCAAGGAGUGAAACGGACAAGAGUCUAGUUUAGGCCUUGUAUAACAUGUCUACCUCAACCAGCGAAUGUGUAAAAGUUGUUUCAUCUAUUUGAUCCUUCCUACGACGUCAGGAGGUCACGAGCGAGUGCAUCAUACCCCUUUCCAGCCCUUGGCAUGCUGGGC